AUGUCCGCAGAAGAUGUCUUAGAUGUGCUCAAUAUCCAACGAGAUGAACUCCCAGCUCGUAAAAAGCAGAAAAUGUCACCCACGGUGGCAGAAGGCAGUCAACUGAAGCCACUUACAGGUAUGGCUCGUGAGUUGUAUAAUCUCAUGGGACCCAAUACGCCAUCGCUUGGUUUGACGCCCCAUGCAAACGCCAGAGACAGGAAAGGGUUCAGGCCCAGUCCUUGGACAAAGCUUAGCUUCAAAGCAAAAGAUAAUGGAAUUGAUAUGAAACAUUGGGUGAAAGGAUCGGAGAGUUUGCAUAUGCUGUCCGAGGAGUCCCUGAAGCCGUAUUUCUUUGAAAAAUUUAAUGUUGAUAUAGACAUUCCCGAAUUAGUUGAUGAGGCGACGUAUACAGAAAUUAUGAAGGAGAUAUCAGAGGAAAGAGAUACUAAGGGCAAAGAGCAAAAUGCCAACACUGAGAAAAGUAAAGAAUCGCCAAAGGAAAGCAAAACGGACCAGGAGAAAGAAAAUAAAGAUAACGAAACGAUAGAGAAGGAUAUAGAAGAGAAUCAAACGAAAGAGAAAGAAAAGGAGGAAAAUCAAACGAAGGAGAAUGAAACAGAAAGGAAUAAAAUGGAAGAGAACUCAGACGAGAAGACAAAAAACGAGACAGAGGGUACUUCUUUGCAGAGUGCUUCCAAAUCCGAUUCGAAUGAGGAACAUAACGAUGUGGAAGAUACCCCCAGCCCCAAAGUUUGGACUUAUGACCAGACGAAAUUAUUAUUCGAUCUUUGCAAAUCUUAUGAACUUAAAUGGCCGAUAAUCCAGGAUAGAUUCCCUGUAGGUGGUUUCACAACGGAAGAUCUCAAAGAUCACUUUUACAAUAUUUGUGAGAAAAUAAUUUCUCGACAGGACAUAAAAAAUCAGAGCCUCAUUGAUUCUCUCAAGUCAUAUUCGAAAGAGAAAGAGAUUGAGAGGAAACAAUAUCUCGAGAAUUUGCUUCUCAGAACCCCAGCGGAGAUAGCAGAGGAAGAGUCACUAGUCAUUGAAGCAAGAAGGUUCGAAUUAGCGGCAAAGAAGAUGCUCAUGGAGAGGUCCAAUUUGUUGGGGCUUUUGGAUUCCCCACAAUCUACUCAAAAUGUAGCCCAGUUUCAGUCCUCACAAGGCAUUGCCAACUUGUACAAUAACCUCAUGAUUUAUGAUAAGCACCAGAAAAAGAAGCAACAGCUACAAAAGAUUGUCCCACAGGAACCUGUACCUCCACCAAUACCCUUGGCUGCAUCUUCAUCGUACAAAAGAGAUCGUGGUUUUCAAACUCAACUACAACAAUACCUUUCGAGUUUGUUAAAGCAAAAUUAUCACACAAGCUCAGCAAUCAAACAGGAUGCAAAUGCUAUACAUCAGUUGUUGUUGAAAAGGCUUACGCAGAAGGAAGAGGAAGCAUAUGGUUUGCACUAUCAUGGUACGGAAAAAUUGACGCCAGGUGUUACUUUGCGAUCGCAGCAAAGGUUGCUGGGGUUGCAACAGAAGCAGUCGGUUUUGAAAAUGGCAGCAGCUCUUAUGCAAGAGCUAGAUAUCCCCACUGCUGGUGGAAGCGCUGUUAAACCUAUUAUGCCCACAAGAAAGACAAUGGCAAAGUAUGACGAACUUUUGAGGACAGUGGUGACCUUAUUGGAUGUUAAAAAGGCGAAUGAUAAAUUAGAAUCGGAAACUUUAUUAAUCAAGAGUCAAAGAGGACUUCAAUAG